GACGUAUUAAAGGAAUGUGAAAGGUUAGUUUCGAAAUUACUGUUUUUAUUUCAUAAGCAUACAGCAAACAAAAAAGGAAGCAAAGUCAUUGUUAAUACACAUUAGGCGGGUUAAAGUGACCUAGUGUCCCGCACUGACCCGCAGUAGACUGUCACAUGACGGUAUCCAGUGAGACUUUAGUUCCGUGUGCGUGUGACCGUGAACUGGGCCGCGUUGCGUUUAAUCUCCGGCGGUCGGUGCGCGUCUCCGCGCAGCCUGGAAAAGCGCGUUUACGGGGACACGCGGGAGUGUGAUCACCACCAUCAUCAUGAUCACACGCGUGCGAUCCGCCGUCUCCAGCAUCAUCGGCGGCAUCAUGGCUUCGGGUUCCACCGGGGAGCAGAAUCACCCGGACCGCCCGGAUCCGCCGCUCCGGUUCCCGUACAGCAGGCCGGAUUUCCUCGGGCUGUCCCCGGAUGAGGUUGAGUGCUCGGCGGAUCACAUCUCCAGACCCAUCCUCAUCCUCAAGGAGAUGAAGCUGCCCUGGAGCACCGGAUACGCCGAAGUGAUCAAUGCUGGUAAAAGUGCACUUAAUGAGGACCAGGCGUGCUGUGAGGUGGUAGAGCUCAGGAAGAGACCAGCUGACCCGUCCAGCCCCAGUUACACUCCCACCGGCAGGAGGCGCUCCUCACUGCCCAACGGAGAUAUUCUGGAAACCAUCGAGAGUACGGAGGUAAAGGAGCUGGACUUCCACUACUGGGCGCUGUUUGACGGUCACGGCGGUUCCGGCGCCGCCAUCUUUGCAUCCAAGUUUCUCCACCUCCAUAUCGAGGAGCAUCUCCAGGAAGUGUUGGAGAUCCUUCAGAAUCCGUCCCUGCAGCCGCCCACCUGUCUGGGGGAGGAGAACAUCAUACACCAUCUCCACCCGUCUUCCAGCUGCUCCCAGCGAGGGUUGUCCCGUGCUGUGUCUCUCCGUGGGGCUGCAGGGGCCCCGGGGUCUCCCAAUACCAUUGCCCCUCGGUUCUUCAUAGAGAAGAAAAUCAAACAGGAGAGUUUGGUGUUGGGAGCCAUCGAGAACGCCUUCAAGGAGAUGGAUGCUCAUAUAGGCAGAGAGAGAUCAGUGUAUUGUAUCUCAGGUGGAUGUACAGCUCUAGUGGUGAUGUAUUUACUCGGUAAACUGUACGUGGCCAACGCUGGUGACAGCAGGGCCAUCAUCCUCCAUGCCGGAGAGAUCAUUCCCAUGUCCAGCUCGUUCACUCCAGAAUCAGAGCGUCAGAGACUUCAGUUCCUGGCUCACUUGCAGCCUUCCCUGUUAGGAAAUGAGUUCACACACUUGGAGUUUCCUAGAAGAGUCACUAAGAAAGAGGUCGGGAAGAGAAUGCUGUACAGAGACUUCACUAUGGACGGAUGGGCUUAUAAAACCAUUCAGGAGGAAGAUCUGAAGUUUCCACUCAUAUAUGGAGAAGGAAAAAGGGCACGUAUGUUGGCCACCAUCGGUAUCACACGUGGACUAGGCGAUCACGACCUGAAGGUUCACAACUCUGAAAUCUCCAUCAAACCGUUCCUCUCCUGUUCACCAGAGGUGAAGGUGUAUGAUCUCUCUCAGUACGAACAUGGUGUUGAUGAUGUCAUAAUCCUGGCUACAGAUGGACUGUGGGAUGUGCUGUCCAAUGAGGAAGUGGCAGAGGCAGUCACUGGUUUCCUUGGAAACUGUGACCCUGAUGACCAACACAGGUACACUAUGGUGGCCCAAGACCUGGUCAUGAGGGCCAGAGGUGUCCUGAGCGAUCGAGGUUGGAGAAUCGUUGGAGACAAGCUCGGCUCUGGAGACGACAUUUCAGUCUUCAUAAUUCCUCUAAUGCACGCCAACAUACAACCUCAACCAAGCUGACCAAUCGGGAGGCAGGACACCAACUAAACAUGGCCAAAUUUGUUCUUCUCUCAAUCUUUGGAUGGUCAUACAUUGGCCUGCUGGAUUUGGAGAAUGCUGCUGUGUGUUUGACCUCAUUUGAAGUACAAUUCUGUACAAGACUCACUUACUUUGAAGACCCACGCCAACGUUCCCGACCUCUCUGGACUCGUGGAUUGGUAUGCAAGUUAUAACAUUGCACAGUGACUAUAAGGAGGGUCAUUUGGUUCUUUGAGGUUCUCAGCGGACAGAUGUAAACCGUCCACAGUUUGUUUAUCUGUGUAAAAAACGUCAUGGCGGCUCGAUGGAACCGAUCAUAUGUUGUUUUUUCUUUCAGGAUAUUCAUUUAUCCUCUCAAUGUUUACUUUGCGGUUUGUGUUUUUUGCUUUCCCCCCAAAUCAAAGCAAUUCUGUCCGUAAUUUGUAUAUGCUGUACAGCAGAAUGAUUCUUAAGUUACUGUAUAUGGAAAAAAAAUCGUUAUCAUAUUUGGUUAGUUUUACCAACGCUUUUUACAGUAUUUUUACCUUAGGUACCUACGCUAAACUAAAAACUAAUAUUAUAAGAUCUUCCAUACCAAGAUUAUUAAAGUUUUGAAAAUGUUGCAAUUUUUUUUUAUUUAAUUUUGUAUGUUGACUUUAAAUUUAAUUUUUCAUUUUUAUGAGUACGUUUUAAGUUGAAAGUAUUUUUUUGUAUUUUAGUGCAUAAGUAUAGUUUUCGUUUUCAUUCUUUACCGAAAUCCCCUUUUUUUUUUGUCUUACGACAAUGUUU